UAAGAAUAGUUGAGUUGGCAAAUGUGUCAGUAAAAAAACAAAACAAAAGGUUGUCAAGAAAGCUUGGUGUUCAAGAGAAGAACCUCUCCCAUCCAUGAUAAGAUCAGACCAAAAGCAAACUUAGCUUAUGAUAUAAAUAUUUGGGAAAUUAAAAAAGAAAAAGAAAGAUUAGGUUGUGUAAUAAUUUAACCUGCAAGAGCAGUUGGCAGUAGUUAGUCUAUCUUAUAAAAUCAUGGAACCUGUUAACUUGGGCAGGUAAAAGGGUAGCUUUUCUUUUUUCUUAUUAAUCUGUGUGUGUCUGAUCACUCUUUAUAUGGUGCCCAUUUAUGUACCUAAGUGCACAUUGUUUGUUGUUGUUGUUGCGGGGGUAUUUGUGAAGUGGGAAAUUUGAUGCUUUCUUCGAGUUCCCAGUUGGUGAAUUUUCUCUUUUGUUGUAGAAUUGAAGCAAGAAUAUGAUGCUGUUGAGGGUACUGAAUAAGCUCUGUAUAGCUGUUGUUGCUGCUCUGAGAGUCUGCACGUAUUCUGUUUGUUUAUAGUUCAAGCAGAAUUGGGUGCUUUUCUGCUACAAAAUUUGAGUUGCCCGUACUGAGAAUAUCACAAAGGGGUCCCUGGAAUUUUGUUUUUCUUGGAUUCUUGUGGGGUUGGUUUUAGUUUUGAGUCAAAGCUUCAAAUCCAGCAUCUGGGAUUGGGAACUCUUGUUUUCGUUUGUUUAGGAGUUAAUCAUUCUUGCAGAUUAGUGUAAACUCCAUAAAUCCUAGUAAAUUUGUACUGGCAAAAGAGAGGGGAAAAGGAAAAGGGAAUCUGCUUUCUUUUCAACAGGAGUCUGGUGAGCUGUUACUUAGCCAAUAUCCUUCUUUUCUCCAUUGCCUGCUUUAAGCUCUGAAAGAUUCAUACUUUCUUGUCUAGAGGGAAUUACUUUUUCCCGUAUUAGAGUGGGAUUGGUUUUAGGGUUCUUAAAAGAGGAGCUGGAGCUUAUUCCUUGCAGUCUUGUACAUUGGAUUUAACCUUUGUCUAUCUGUAAGAUGCUGCAAUAAAGCUGCCUUGUUUCUUUGUUCCUUGUUCUAUCUUGCAAGAUUAUUACCAGCUAUUUCUGGUCAAAGCCCAUAUUCAUCUUUAGUUGAAUAGUUGUAAGAAAAUUAGAGCUGGGGUGUCCCAAAUUCUGGAUUUUCUGAUUUGCUUUUCCUGAUUAUGGAUUCUGAAGAAAUGGGGGAUAGAGUAUUCCAGCAUAGAAAUAGCAGCAGUAUUCUGAACUGCCCUUCUUCAGUGAUGGCCACAACUUCAAUAUCUGACAAUGUUGCAGGAAUGUCAAUCUGUUCAGAGUCCAUGUUCAAGCCUCCAAAUGGGAUAGACCCUUUUUACAGUUCUUCUGGUUGGGAUCCAGUUAUUUCACAGGAUCAAAGUGGGAAUUUCGGAAAUUCUUCUAUGGUUCUUCAAAAUGAGUUUGCUAAUCCAAAUUAUCCAGUUCUGCUUGAAAAUCAGACAAUGGGAAGCUCUUCCCACUUGGUCCAUUUUCCUUCUGAUUCAGGUUUAGUCGGUAUGGUGCCAAAGAUUCCAAGUUUUGGGAGUGGAAGUUUCUCAGAAAUUGUUAGUUCAUUUGGACACUCCAAUUUUGCCCAAAAUAAUGGGGCUGGAGUGCAGAAUACGGUGAAAAAUGUAGAAGAUGCUCAGGAUCACCGCCAAGAUUCAGAAAACGGGGUGUUAGGAGCUUCACCUAAUGGGAAGAGGAAAAGAAAGAAUGUUGAGGUAGAAAAACAGAAGGAUCAAACUCGGGACCUUGCUGAAUUACCUAAAGAAUAUGAUGAAAAGAAAAACUCAGGUCCAAGUUCUCGCAGUCGGCAGGCAGUUAAAGAAGCUAAGGAUAACUCCAGUGGUGCAGAAGCUUCUAAAGAAAAUUACAUUCAUGUGAGAGCCAAAAGGGGCCAGGCAACAAACAGUCACAGCCUUGCUGAACGGGUGAGAAGGGAGAGGAUUAGUGAGAGGAUGAGAUUGCUGCAAGAACUGGUUCCUGGCUGUAAUAAGAUUACUGGGAAAGCGGUGAUGCUUGAUGAGAUUAUCAACUAUGUCCAAUCACUACAACAGCAAGUUGAGUUUUUGUCAAUGAAGCUCGCGACAGUAAAUCCAGAGCUCAAUGUGGAUAUAGAACGGCUAUUGUCUAAAGAUAUUCUUCACUCUCGAGGUAGCAAUGCAACAGCACUUGGAAUUGGUCCAGGACUGAGUUCAUCUCAUCCUUUCCAGGGUCUACCCCAGGGAACCCUCAAUGCUUUCCCAGGCACAGCUCCACAAUUUCAGUCCUUACCUCAGAACUUGUGGAACAAUGAGCUCCAAAAUAUUCUCCAAAAUGGAUACGAUUCUAAUCCCUCUGUUGGCAGUUUGGGGCCAAGCGGGCUGUCAAAAAUGGAGCUGUAGAGUUUGCAUGAAACACUGGAAAUAAUUGUUUCCUCUAACUGAAAAUUCAAGCACUUGCCAACUGGAGAUUAAUCUGUGCUAAACAAAAACACAGAAAAGAUUUGUAAACUUGUGUUCUAUUCAGAGUUGUAUAGGUUCCAAUUAUUGUCAUUUACUCGCUGUUCUUCGAAUUUUAGCAGAAGAAAAUUACUGUUUUAGAUUCAGAAGAUGAUAUACAUCGGUGACGAAUAUGGUUGAUGCCGAUGAUUGAUGUUUCUCUGGUGCAAAUCUUUAGUACAGAAUUGUGUGUAGCUUUUAAACUAUGGUAUUGGAAGGAAACCGUUGACAAGAAUUUUACUUGUAAAUUGCAUUUUGUCCAAAUUUA